GCUUUUGUUAAGUGGAAGUACAGCUCUUAAGAUGUCACACUGAUGCUUUUCAUCCAGGUGCUGCUGAUGCUCAGACACACAGCCAAGACAAUCCACCAGCCUAAUUGCAGGAUGGAGUAGAGUUUAGCAGACAUAGGAUUGAUUUACUUAUAUUGACAGUCUUUUUUCCACACACACAAAAAACAGACUUCAGACUCAUCCAAAAUUCCCCUUUGCAUUAACUAUUUUCCUGUGCUUUCAGUGUCAACUAAGGGUUUGCAGUUUGCAGAGAAACUAAAAUACUAUCCAUUACUGUCAGUCAUUAUUAUAAAACACUGUGAGGUAUUUUCAAAGAACGAUCUUGUCCCUGUGUAAUUAUUGCUAAAUGAGGCUGAUGUGCAGCUGACCUGCAGUCUGGUUGGGGGUGUGGCACCACAGGGAUUCCACACCGCCCAAUCACAAGUCUUCCCCCAACCUCGAGAUCAGGACGCACCACCAGCUCAAAGUCCCGAGUACCUCCCAAAGCUUUUCCAGCACACAACUUUGUCAACUUUGUAACAACGUCUUCCAAAAUCCCAAACGUGUGGACGCUGCAUGUUUGCACUCCGUGACAAAAAAAAAGUUAUGUGUCUUCUGGAUCGAAAAUAGAUAUCGAUCCCGGCCCCAAACAAGAAAGCAUGUCUUCCCCUGGAGACUGGAGAGGCGAGUUUUCGGCAGAUAAGGAUGUACAGCCGCCUCGCAUCAAGAAGCGCGCGGCGCAGGUGUCGUUCCUGCCCUUCAGCGUGGAGGCGCUCAUGUCGGACACGAGGCCGCUGAACGCGACGGACAGGAAAGAAGGACGUUACUUUUUGACCGAUCAUAAAGCCCACAGGCCGGAUGAGCUCAGCCAGCAGUUAGUGUCUAUCAAAUCAGAGCCAUCGGAACGAGGAGACUGUACGUCCAGCCCCAUUGAGAUGUCAACACCGCCCCGGCCGCUCAGUCCAGCACUCUGCCCCUUGAGGAAGCACAAGACCAAUCGCAAGCCUCGCACUCCCUUCACCACCUCGCAGCUCCUGGCCUUAGAGAGAAAGUUCCAGCAGAAGCAGUACCUGUCCAUCGCCGAGCGAGCCGAGUUCUCCUCCUCCCUGUCGCUGUCCGAAACCCAGGUCAAGAUCUGGUUCCAAAACCGGCGAGCCAAAGCCAAGAGGCUUCAGGAGGCCGAGGUGGAGAAACUCAAAGUAGCAGUUGGCAUCGGGCCCAAAGCUGUAUUCCACCCGUUUUUCUCGUCCUUUGGUUUACCCCUCAGCGUUAACCUGCAGGCUCGCUCAGCAGCGCUCUAUGGACUGGGGUGCUCGUACAGCCGCAGCCCCAUUCUACCUGCUGCACAUCUGGCCAUGUAUGCCUCGCAGGUUGGCCACAGCCUGAUCCACCUCUCCUGAGAGGAAGCAGCAUUUUACUGACAAAGUGCUGUGGGUAUGGAUGUGUGUUUACAGAAAAGGGGGACUAGACUGCAUCAUGAAGCCCUGCACCUUAUAGAAGACUUGAUUAUGAAUCUGAAAUGGAGCUGAAGCUUCAUGAUCUUCACAGGGCCAGUGGAAGGAUACAGCAUCUCAUCUCAAGCUCCUGCUUGUUCUGUUGUCACUGAUUCAGCAGAGGCUGUUGAUAAUGGAUGGUAUAUUGAUCAGGCCACGAGUGUCUGAUUAUUGUCCUGAAUACCAGAUUGCAUUUGUUGUAACCUUUAUCAUUUGUAUUUCUGCUCCUCUUGUAUUUCCUGAAAGAUUCCAGCACUGGGAGUAUUUUUCACUUAGUUAGCCUUGAAUAUACAGGGCUAUUUUAUGUUAUACAUUGUACUCCUCUUAAAAUAAGAGUCUGUAGUUGGUGAAGUGCAUGCUAAAAGCUGAAGCAUUUCCAAAUGACAUAUAUUUAUUUAUGAUAGCCCCUAGAUUCAUUUAUAUCAUGAUGCUUAUCUGCAUUUUUAAAAGCUAAUAUUUUAUAUAUAUAUAUAUGACAUUGCAUUAAAGCUUGUUGCUAACUCUG